CCCGCGGCGCGGGGCGGUGGGGCCAGACUGGGGCCGGGGCCGAGGCGGGAGCGGGCGGCUCUGUGCGGGGCAGCGGUGGGCAUCUGGCGGGAGGGGCCACCAAGCACCGGGCGGGAGUCCCGGGAAGGGGUCCCUGGGAAAAGCGCGGGGGGCUCCGGGAGAAGCUGCGGGGAGUGGCGGUGCCGCGGGCGGUGCCGUCGGGGCGGCCGUCGGCGCGGCCAUGGGCAGGGUGCGGGGCGCGCUGCGGGCGCUGCUGUCGCUGGCCGCGGGGCUGCUGGCGUGCGGCGGCGCCAGCGAGUACGACUACGUGAGCUACCAGUCCGACCUGGGCCCCUACCCUGGGGGGCGCUUCUACACCAAGCCCCACCAGUGCGUGGCCAUCCCUGCCGACCUGCGGCUCUGUCACAGCGUGGGCUAUGAUAAGAUGGUGCUGCCCAACCUGCUGGACCACGAGACCAUGGCCGAGGUGAAGCACCAGGCGAGCAGCUGGGUGCCGCUGCUCAACAAGAACUGCCACAUGGGCACCCAGGUCUUCCUCUGCUCCCUCUUUGCCCCUGUCUGCCUGGACCGGCCGGUCUACCCGUGCCGCUGGCUCUGCGAGGCUGUGCGUGACUCCUGCGAGCCCGUCAUGCAGUUCUUUGGCUUCUUCUGGCCGGAGAUGCUCAAGUGUGACCAGUUUCCACAGGAUGAUGUCUGCAUUGCCAUGACAGCUCCCAAUGCCACCGAAGUCUCCAGGCCUAAAGGAACCACUGUGUGUCCCCCGUGUGACAACGAGAUGAAGUCAGAGGCCAUUGUUGAGCAUCUGUGUGCCAGCGAGUUUGCUCUUAAGAUGACCAUCAAGGAGGUGAAAAAGGAGAAUGGGGACAAGGUGAUCAUUCCACGGAAGAGGAAGGCGCUGAAGCUGGGGCCCAUCCGCAAGAAGAACCUGAAGAAGCUGGUGCUGCUCCUGAAGAACGGGGCUGACUGCCCCUGCCACCAGCUGGACAACCUUGGCCACCACUUCCUUAUCAUGGGCCGCCAGGUGAAGACCCAGCACCUUCUGACAGCCAUCUACAAGUGGGACAAGAAGAACAAAGAGUUCAAGAAGUUCAUGAAGAAGGUGAAGGCUCCGGACUGCCCCACGUUCCCAUCCGUCUUCAAGUGACCCCCGUGGGUGCCAACUCCCUCCCUUUCCUCCUCGUCCUUGGAGCUCCCCCCAGCCCCGCCUCCUGCCCCCUGCCAGCAUUUCCCAGAGUGAGCACUGAGCAGACCCCGAGGUCACGGACCACAUGCAUCUCCAAUAGCCAAAGACACAUUGCUAUGAGUUCAUGGAAGUAGCAAUGAUCAGGUACAGAGGGCAGGCAGAGGGGUGUAAGACCGUGUGAUGUUGGACAUGACCCUCGUGACCACCUUCCUCCUGUGUUCACGGCUGCAGGAGCACCCGAGUAAGUUCCUACAGGACUGGGGCCAGCCUAUUGGAAAAAUAUUCCAUCCUCACAGUAAAAGUUAAUAAACAAGUGAAGCAGUAUCCAUCAACCCCCUGAUAAAACCUCCUGGUAGCUAAUUGCCCUCAUCAUAAAUACAAACCGACCAGUAUUCCGGUCUGAGUGCCUUUGGGUUGAGUCUCAGCCCUGGGACCUCAUGGUGCCCUGAUCUGCUGGGCCUCAUUCCCAACCUUCGCAUGAUCCCAUUCACCUGACUACAUCCCUUGCCCUCAGUGAGGCACUGCUUGCUGGCUUGUGUCAUUGCUCAUUUUGCCACCAAUAUUUCAUAGUUUCUUCUGUAUCGGACUGCAGAAGGGCAAGGAGUGGUCCCUGUGGAGCACCACGGGAUGGCAUCAUCUCUGUGCUCCUCUUCCUGCAGUUGCUGUGGGGCUGAUUGUUGUCCGGGUUUUGGCCCAUUUGAUGUGUGACAACUUGGCUUUGUAUCAUUCUGUUUUUUUUUUUCUGUAAUCAGAAUGUCAUGUUAGUGUGAGGUCAAGUCGUUUUAUGAAAGACAAUGAACAUCGCAUCCAAAUGACUACACUGAUUGACCAGGCUGAAAUUCAUUAUUCUGUUAAUUGGACAUGUUCUUUUCUCCAUAGUCCCAUAUUGCUCCGCAUUAAUUACACUAUCCUGCUUCUAUUCAUCAUUCUCAUCAAUCACGAUUACUCUAAGAGAAUGACCAUCUUAAAACUUGAGAUAAUCCCGUUGUAUAGCAGUUAACCCUGCUCAAAUCUGGUAAGUGAAUUGUUGUCUGGCUCGGGAGUGCUGUGUCUUUCUUUCAUGAUUGAACAUGGACGUUAUUGUAGAUAAAUCCGUAAAUACGCCAAGCACCCUGAUGAAUGCUGCUUCAAAACUAGCAGAGAGAUGGAUUUAGGAUGUGAACUCUUUAGAAAAUCCCACUAAGUGUCUUAGACCACAGUGUGUAUUAGCAUUGUUACUGUGAUGCAAAGUUAAUCAUUGUAGAUAAUGUACUUUAUCAGUGAAUUAAAAAAAAAAAAAAAAAAAAGCAAAACCACAAAGAUCCACCCUAAGCUUUAGAAGCAGCUCAGGGCUGCUGAGCUGAUCUGUGUGUAAUGUUUCAGACACGGUGCGCUGGACAUCUCCAUAUACCUGGAUGGUCACUGUACUGCUCUGCUGCCAAACGGCUGUGGGAUCUGCCAGCAGUUCUGUGCAGGUCGAGCAGGCAGAGCCCUUGUGCAUCAUUGCUUCCUUUAUGCUCUCUUUGUAUAUGGAAGUUUUUAAUAAAAAAAUAACAGCACUAAAAGA